AUGAGUUCAAAUUGUUCACAGGAGAAUGAGGACGAAGCAAAUAUAAUAGACGGGAGAUUCCAAAAUUUUCUAAAAUUGAAGGCGCGAAAUGGCGCCGUGAGCAACGGAGGGGCAGGCGGCCAUUUUAGCAGCCAUUUGGGCGACAACGUGGGUGGCAGCUUCAGUGAUAGUUUUAGUGGCAGCUUUAAUGGCAGUUUUAAUGACAGCUUCAGUGGCAGCUUUAGCGGCAGCCGUGGCUGCAACGAGGGUGACGCCCCUAGUAACACCAACAAUGGCAACAGCGGCAACGGAGGAAACGGAAGCCCCUACAGCAAUGCCGCCAGUAGCAGCUACUAUGGUAGCGCGAACAGAAGCACAUCAGAAAAUGAAGAGACACACGGAGGAGGGGAUCUCUCGAACAUAAAAUUUAGCCAAAAUGGACAAUACAAGAGAUACCAUGACUUUUAUAAUAACAAAAACUCCCUUCAACAUUAUUUGAAAAAAUUAAAAGCAUGUAAAAUAGACGCAGACGAACUUCGAAACAUUUUGGAAAAAAGACUCGCCCUAGAGCGUGAGAAUCAAAUGCUUAAGUCAAUACAGGACGAUGAUAAGAAAGGAGGGUUUGGAAGUGAAACCAAUUCUUCCUCGUCCAACCAUGAAGGCUUACAUCUUUACAGGAAACUUAAUUUUCUGAACAAAAAUAAUAGAAGCAAAUCAAAGAGUAAGAACAGAAAGAGAAAGAGAAUUAACUCCAAAAUUGACAAAAAGUUUAUUAUUAAAUGCCGGACAUGUAAGUACGUCAACCCUAAUGGUUUCAAGAUGGGAGACUACUACACGUGUCAGAAUUGUGGGUACAACGACUUUUCCGUGUUACGGUCCAGUUCCCCCAACAACGGGGAGUGA